AGGUGUCAUUCAUUCAUUCAUGGCGGAGCUUCGGCGUCGUCAUUAGAUAUAGACAACGUUUCACAUAAUUUACAGUUCUGAUCAAAGUCGGCUACGUCCCCUUCUUCUUCUUCUUCUCCCCAUUUGACCGCUCCAAAAUCUAGACUUUCUCCAUUCGCGAAGCAAAACAUGUUAUUUUCAAGGGGAUUUCGUAGGAUUCCGAGAACCAGCUUCAAUGGGAUUUCCCGUUGGUUCAUCUCGCACCAACCCGGGUACUCACAGACCACUACUCAUUGUUCUAGAGAUUUGACCCAGAAGAUUUUUGACGGUUUGGGAGAAAGUCAUUACUGGGGUUUUUCUGGCUCCAGAUACCGAAUUCAUCACCAGAGUAGCUCCUUAGUUGAGGAUCAAUUAGACCCUUUUUCGCUUGUUGCGGAUGAACUCUCACUUGUUGCUAAUAGGUUGCGCGAUAUGGUAGUUGCUGAGGUGCCCAAGCUUGCCUCGGCUGCUGAGUACUUCUUUAAAAUGGGAGUGGAGGGAAAGAGAUUUCGUCCAACGGUAUUAUUGUUAAUGGCAACGGCAUUAAAUGUUAAUGUUCCUGAUCCUUCUAAAGCGUUAGGAGAUACUUCAACACCAGAGUUACGUACCAGGCAACAAUCUGUUGCAGAAAUAACAGAGAUGAUCCAUGUGGCAAGCCUACUACAUGAUGAUGUCUUAGAUGAUGCAGAAACUAGACGAGGUGUUGGUUCAUUGAACUGUAUAAUGGGAAACAAGGUAUCAGUAUUGGCAGGAGAUUUUUUGCUUUCUCGAGCUUGUGUUGCACUUGCGGCUUUAAAAAAUACUGAGGUAGUAGCAUUACUAGCCACAGUUCUAGAACAGCUUGUGACAGGUGAAACCAUGCAAAUGACAUGUACAUCUGAACAACGUUGUAGUAUGGAAUAUUAUAUGCAAAAGACAUAUUACAAAACUGCAUCAUUAAUUUCAAACAGUUGCAAGUCAGUUGCAGUCAUUGCCGGACAAACGACAGAAGUUGCAAUGCUAGCGUUUGAGUACGGCAAAAAUUUGGGGCUGGCCUAUCAAUUAAUAGACGAUGUUCUUGAUUUCACUGGCACAUCAGCUUCCCUCGGAAAGGGCUCACUAUCUGAUAUCCGUCAUGGCAUUGUUACGGCUCCAUUAUUGUACGCCAUGGAGGAGUUUCCUCAGUUGCGGGCAGUGGUUGAGCAGGGCUUUGACAACCCCACAAAUGUUGAUAUUGCGCUUGACUACCUUGGAAAGAGUCGCGGGAUACAAAAGGCGAGGGAACUUGCAAUAAAGCAUGCAAACCUCGCUGCUGAGGCGAUCGAGUCUCUGCCAGAGAGCGACGAUGAAGAUGUAAAAAGGUCGAGGCGAGCUCUAGUAGAUCUCACCCAAAGAGUCAUUACAAGAACCAAGUGACAGGAGAAAAAGAUAAGUUCACACACCAUAGGAACAUACUGUAUGUUGAAUUCAUUUCAAUUUUUCUUAUAAUUGUACCAGUUAGGCGAGAGGGACAAUUACCCUCUCUCAUUUUCGGUAAACAUUUUUUCUUUCUUACGUUCCAUAAUCUUUUAUUUUUAUUUUUUUUGGUUUCCAUCGCUUUCUCACGCUCAUGUAUAUUUUAAGUACCGCAGAGUAGGGAAGAACACUAGUUAAUGCUUUCAUGAUUCGAAAGAACUAUGCAGUCACUCUAAUCUUCUGGGACUUGCAUGUUGAUUUCGUCUAUGCUUUGAUGUAUAAUGGUAAAUAAAGUUGUUAGAAUCACUGGAACUUUUAGUA